CGGCGUCGACUGAUCCCAAUAUGGCGACUACAACUGCAAACACAGCAAGUUGCAUGCAGAACGAUGACUUCCGGGCGCCGGCAAAAUCAAAUUCCGGGCGGGAUGCGAAGGAGAAGGGUAAGAAAAAGAAGUCGCGGGACAAGGAGGAUUUGGAUGAUCUCAAGAAGGAGCUCGAUAUGGAUGAACACAAAAUCCCCAUGGACGAGUUGUUAGCGAGAUACGGAUCAAGUCUUGAGCACGGUCUGACGGAUGAACAGGCAGCUGUGUUCUACGCUCGCGAUGGGCCGAAUGCACUAACACCUCCAAAGAAAAUCCCAGAGUGGGUGAAAUUCUGCCAGAAGUUGUUCGGUGGAUUUGCGCUCUUGCUGUGGAUAGGUGCUAUAUUGUGCUUCGUAGCUUACUCGAUUCAAGCCAGUACAGAGGACGACCCCGCAGGAGACAAUCUCUAUUUAGGUAUCGUACUUACGGCAGUAGUAGUUGUCACAGGUUGCUUCUCGUAUUACCAAGAAGCGAAGAGUUCGAAAAUCAUGGAAUCGUUUAAGGAUUUGGUCCCGCAGCACGCGCUGCUGCUGCGGAACGGAGGCAAGAAGACUAUUCGUGCGGAGGAGCUCGUCGUCGGGGACAUCGUCGAGAUGAAGUUUGGCGAUCGCGUCCCUGCCGACGUGCGCAUCAUCGUCGCACACGGCUUCAAGGUUGACAAUAGCUCGCUAACCGGUGAAUCUGAAGCGCAGAGCCGCACGCCCGAGUUAACAAACGAUAACCCGUUGGAAACUCGCAACAUUGCGUUCUUUUCUACCAAUGCGGUAGAAGGUUCGGCGACGGGCGUCGUCAUCAGCACGGGCGACCGCACCGUGAUGGGCCGUAUCGCUAACCUCGCCUCGGGCCUCGACACCGGCGACACGCCCAUCGCCAAGGAGAUCGCGCAUUUCAUCCACGUGAUCACGGGCGUCGCCGUCUUCCUCGGCGUCAGCUUCUUUGUCAUCGCCUUCAUCCUCGGCUACUUCUGGCUCGACGCCGUCAUCUUCCUGAUCGGCAUCAUCGUCGCGAACGUACCUGAGGGUCUGCUAGCCACCGUCACGGUGUGCCUGACUCUCACCGCGAAACGCAUGGCUUCAAAAAACUGCCUCGUUAAGAACCUGGAGGCUGUCGAGACGCUGGGCUCCACGUCGACCAUCUGCUCGGACAAGACCGGCACGCUGACGCAGAACCGCAUGACCGUCGCUCACAUGUGGUAUGACAACGCCAUCUGGGAAGCCGACACCACUGAGGACCAAUCUGGCGAAACGUUUGAGAAAAGUGCUUCAGGAUGGAAGGCAUUAGCCCAAGUUGCAACUCUUUGCAAUAGGGCAGAAUUUAAGGAGGGACAAGACGAUCUGCCCAUACUAAGACGUGAGUGUACCGGCGAUGCGUCCGAAUCAGCUCUGCUGAAAUGUGUUGAGCUGUCCAUCGGUGGCGUCUUGGAGACACGCAAGAGGAACCCAAAGGUUGAGGAGAUCCCGUUCAACUCGACAAACAAGUACCAGGUGUCCAUUCAUAAGAGCGAUGACCCGAACGACAAGCGGCAGAUGGUGAUGAUGAAGGGUGCGCCCGAGCGCAUCUUCGACCGCUGCUCGACAAUCUUCGUUGAUGGACAGGACCUGCUGAUCGAUGCCGAGUGGAAGAACGCGUUUGAGGAUGCCUACCUUGAGCUGGGAGGGCUCGGCGAGCGUGUGCUAGGUUUCUGCGACUACUACCUGCCGCUGGACAAGUACCCCGAGGGAUUCCCGUUUGACUGCGAAAACCCCAACUUCCCGCUGGAGAACCUGCGUUUCGUCGGGCUCAUGUCGAUGAUCGACCCGCCGCGGGCCGCCGUGCCGGACGCCGUCGUCAAGUGUCGCAGUGCUGGUAUCAAGGUGAUCAUGGUGACCGGCGACCACCCGAUCACGGCCAAGGCGAUCGCUAAGAGCGUCGGCAUCAUCUCCGAGGGCAACGAGACGGUAGAGGACAUCGCCAUGCGACUUGGAGUUCGUGUCGACGACGUCAAUCCCAGGGAUGCGAACGCGUGCGUCGUGCACGGCGUCAAUCUGAAGGACAUGACACCGGCGCAGAUCGACGACAUCCUCAACAGCCACUCCGAGAUCGUGUUCGCGCGCACCUCGCCGCAGCAGAAGCUCAUCAUCGUCGAGGGCUGCCAGCGGCAGGGCGCCAUCGUCGCGGUGACGGGCGACGGCGUCAACGACUCGCCCGCGCUGAAGAAGGCCGACAUCGGCGUCGCGAUGGGCAUCUCCGGCAGCGACGUCAGCAAGCAGGCCGCCGACAUGAUCCUGCUCGACGACAACUUUGCGUCGAUCGUCACCGGCGUCGAGGAGGGCCGCCUCAUCUUCGACAACCUGAAGAAGUCGAUCGCGUACACGCUGACGAGCAACAUCCCCGAGAUCUCGCCGUUCCUGCUCUUCAUUGUGCUCGACAUCCCGCUGCCGCUCGGCACGAUCACGAUUCUGUGCAUCGACCUCGGCACCGACCUCGUGCCGGCGAUCUCGCUCGCGUACGAGGAGGCGGAGAGCGACAUCAUGAAGCGGAAGCCGCGAGACCCGCUGCACGACAAGCUGGUGAACGCGCGUCUGAUCUCGAUGGCAUACGGACAGAUCGGCAUGAUGCAGGCUUCAGCUGGUUUCUUUGUCUACUUCGUCAUCAUGGGCUCAAACGGAUUCAGGCUCGACACACUGCUGGGCAUACGCGCCGAGUGGGACUCCCGGGCCGUUAACAACCUCGCUGACUCCUACGGCCAGGAAUGGACGUACCGCAACCGUAAGAUCCUGGAGUACACGUGCCACACAGCGUUCUUCGUCUCCAUCGUCGUCGUGCAGUGGGCUGAUCUGAUCAUCUGUAAGACUCGCCGCAACAGUGUCCUGCAGCAGGGCAUGAAGUGA